AGCUUGCAGCCGCUGCCAGCUGAGCUCGCCAGCUGCCGGUGGUGGGGAGAAGGAGGAAGCUCCGCGGUGCAAGGAAGGCGGCUUCCCCCAGCGAUGUUCCACGCCCGGCCCGCCUGGCUCGCGUUGCUUCUCUGCUUCUGCCCGGCUGGUCACGCUCUACGCAUCCAGGAGUAUCUUUAUUUCCACGUCCUGAGUCCUGGAGAUAUCCGUUACAUCUUCACGGCUACCCCGGCCAAGGAUUUUGGCGGUGUCUUCAACAUGAGAUUCGAGCAGAUUUAUCUGGUGCCAUCCGACCCUCCAGAUGCCUGCGGCGCCUUGAACAAUGGGGUAUUCAUUGAAGGCCAGAUCGCGCUGGUGGAACAUGGGGGCUGCUCCUUUCUAUCCAAGACCCGCACGAUACAGGAACACGGAGGCCGGGCAGCGAUCAUUGCAGACAAUAGUUACGACAAGGAGACCAUGGUACAGGAGACCACCCAUCGGAAGGCCGACAUCCCUGCUCUUUUCCUUCUGGGGAGAGAUGGGUACCUGAUCCGUCGCUCUCUGGAGCAGCAUGGGCUCCCUUGGGCCGUGAUUUCCAUCCCGGUCAACGCCAGCAGCGUCCCGACUUCCGAAGUCCUGCAGCCUCGGGGGGCUUUUUGGUAGCGGAAAGGGGGAGGUGGGAGCCGCGGAGUGCCAGAACUGGACCUAAAGGAUGAAGGUGACCUCCAAAGGUCUCCAUUUUUUCACCCAGUCCGGCAGCUGAUGGGACCACAAGGAUCGGUUUUGGAAGAACCUCGUGUGUUGAUGAAGGGAAACUGACCGGACCAUGUCCUCUGGAUGCCUUUUUUUUUUUUUUUUUGGUCUAGCCGGGAUAAAAUGCAUUGGGACCGGUCUGGCCCAACCAGCAAGUCUUGAGGGCCAAACAGGCAACCGGGACAGCCGUUGAAGGUGGCUUCCCGAUAAUGGUGGUUACCAGCUUUUCUCAAACCCAAAAGAAUCGAGAAAUGUUACGUCUGACCCUUCGCCCGUCCCGAGUCUGGAGUCUCAACGGCAAGGGGCAUUUAAGGAGCCCCUUGUUUUCAAUUCAGGUGCCAAUCUGGCUAAUUAUUAUCCAGGUGGACAUUUGGAGGGUGGGUGGAUUAAAGAGGCCACGCAAUUCAUGCCACGGUGAUCUCGCGGGUGACGGCGUCUGAAUUCACCCAAGACGGAACAAACAAUGCUGGGUAAUGCUGGGUGCAUUAAGGACUGAGAUUGGAUGGCAAGGACUAAGCCCAAUUUGGGGUGAGGGGGGGGUGCUGUAUAGCUUUAGCUGCCUUUCCUAGUUGGUACUUUACCCCGACCAGUUUUAAGGGGGUCAAACCCAACCCCCCCCCCC